GGGCCCACCUGCAGCUGGCAGCGAAGAAGAGGAAGAAGAAUCCGUACCGUCACUCGCCUCGCCGCAUUAUUUCAAAAGGGUCUCGUCGCAUACAUCUCAUAAUAUGGCAUCGCUCAACGGAGCGCCCGCCGAUACCGUGGCACCUGGCCACGCCGACACGUCCAUCACCAAGCAAGGCUUCACCAUCACCACGCGCAAACUGCCCAUCCUCAAGGCCGGUCCUAUAGAAGACAUGACCAAGAAGCUGGGCAUUGCGCCGCCUGAGAUGAUAUUCGGCGACAACAUGGUACGGAUAGAACAUGAACAGAGUGGCUGGUACAUCGAGUUCAAUGCCUUCGAUGCGCUGGAUCUGGUGGACAAGACUGGCGACAAGAUGUUCAAGGUGUCAUACUCCAAAGAGUGGCAGCAGAACCGACAGAAGCAAUUCGAGGAUAUCAAGGAAGUCGUCAAGCCGUUCGACUGGUCCUAUAGCACAGAUUACAAGGGCACCACACCGCCAACACCUGCCUUCGAGCCUACCGAGACUCCCAUACCACUUGCUCUCCUCAAGCGACCUGACCCUAUACACUUCUUCGACGAACUAGUCCUUUACGAAGACGAACUAGCGGACAACGGCAUUGCCAUGCUAUCUUGCAAGAUUCGCGUCAUGCCGCAACGGCUACUAUUACUUGUGCGCUUCUUCAUGCGUCUAGACGAUGUUAUCUUCAGGAUACGCGACACUCGGAUAUUUGUCGAGUUUGGUGACAAUGUGGUGCUCAGAGAAUAUACGGCGAGGGAGGAGAAGUACGAGGAUGUGAGAAAGAAGCUCGCAGGAAGAAAAGAGGAUGUGCUUGCGAUAAUGCGAGACCCCAACCGCUUAGCGGAGCACAUACCCAUCGUGGAGCAUAAGCUCGAGGGGCUGCAAUUGAAGUAAGCUAGGGCGGAUGCGACAGAACAUCCAAAAGAAAGAAAACGGGCCCACCAACAUGAGAGCAACAGCGUUAGAAGCGGUAAACGGCGAACUAAAUCUGCAAAACCAUCAACAAGGUUUGUGCUUUGCUCGUAUACCUGUUGAUCGAAACCAAACUAAUCUUCUGUUCAGUAAUCAACUUACCAG